UGGACUCCCGGCUGGACGACUCAGUGUCCAUGCUGGACACCAUCUCGUCACUAGAGAAGGAAGCCUCGUUCGACAUGCUCAGCGACCUUGAGCCACAAGAGCCUAACGCCGAAGACGCUCUAGGUGAGUCCACUCUUCUAACCAGCCAGCUGGACUCCCGGCUGGACGACUCAGUGUCCAUGCUGGACACAAUCUCGACACUAGAGAAGGAAGCCUCGUUCGACAUGCUCAGCGACCUUGAGCCACAAGAGCCUAACGCCGAAGACGCUCUAGAGAGCAACGCGACGUCAGCCUCGCUAGCGGCCUCGCUGCUGCCGCUGCACGCCGGCCUGCAGCGCACGCUGGGCCGGCUGCUGGGCGCGCUGCCCGCGCUGGAGGCGGCGCGGCGCGAGCUGCGGCGCGAGCUGCCCGCGCUGCGCGACGCCAACGACGCGCUCAGGCACGCCGCGCCACGUCAGUAUAUACAUUAUUUAAGUUAA